AUGCUGUUUAAUGGCGAGGGCGAACGGUUUAAUGUCGGAAACUUUCUCGAGACAGUAUCACCCUACGCAUGGGCAGAUUUGGGCAUUGGAUUAUGUAUAGGUCUCUCGGUCGUGGGAGCAGCAUGGGGAAUCUUCAUCACCGGCACCUCCAUCCUCGGCGGCGGAGUCAAAGCGCCUCGGAUACGGACCAAGAACCUCAUCUCCAUCAUCUUCUGCGAAGUCGUCGCCAUCUAUGGUGUUAUCAUGUCUAUUGUCUUCUCCUCUAAUAUCGGCACUCUUGUCCCCGAAGAUCGUCUUUACACGCCAUCCAAUCAGUAUACCGGCUACGCGCUCUUCUGGGCGGGUCUGACGGUGGGCGUGUGCAAUUUGCUGUGCGGUGUCAGCGUUGGCAUCAACGGCAGCAGUGCGGCUUUGGCAGAUGCUGCAGACGCAACCCUCUUCGUCAAGGUGCUAGUCAUUGAGAUCUUCAGUAGUGUAUUGGGACUGUUCGGCUUGAUCAUCGGCUUAUUGGUCAGCGGCAAAGCGAACGAAAUUGAGUGA